CCCGACAUUUGCCCCAAUAAAAGAGGCCCACAGAAGUCAUUCCGCAAGUAUAUUGCAGAAGCUCAAGCCGGACGUGUGAACAAGAAGAAAGGCUGUUGUAUAAUUACUUCACCUAGCUCAAGCUUUUGUUAAGGUGUUUCAAGUCAUCAUUCCCAUCAACUAAGUAUUCAGGUAAGUCUGUGAGCAUUUUAACAACAUUGUUUAUGAGUUGAAUCUUUUGAGGUUAUUGGUUUAUUGUGUGUCUUUGGUGUUCCGGGGCAGAACUGCAUUAUUAAGAUAACACUUUGUUUGUUCAGUUGACAUUAUUUAUACAAGUUAUAUCAGACAUCAUUUCCACAUUUGAUACUUGUCGAUAAAACUAUGAACGUAUUGUGAUACCACUGUGGUGAUACUUAGCCCGUUAUCAAGUACAAAUGUAUAAUAAUGAACAUAGCUUCUACUUGGCUGCUACCAUGACGUUGCUCAUAAAAUUGCGUGACCUGAACUCGAACAAAUAUUUGCUUUAAUUUCGCACCAGUUUUUGACCUGCGAAUGAUGCUGCUAAUUAUGCCUCACAUGAAGUUGGCAUGUGUGAAAAGCAUGUGUGAACGCGAGUAGUUAUUGCAUAUAUGGAGUUUUCUAGCUAUAGUUGACGCCAAUUAUGCAAAUGUGUAAAGCAGCGGAAACCACGCGCAACUCAAUGCUUCGUUUCUACGAUUAUGCCUGGGUCAUGUAAACUGUAAACUAUAUUCACAUUAUGUAUUAACAUUUGAGAUCUAAUACAAAGGUUAGCACGUCAUUAAUCUAAGUGGUUUGCAGCUAAACACAUUAAAUAUGUUUUAGUAUCGGUUUUCACUAUACAUUCUUAUCUCAAACAACUAUAAUAAACAUUCUAAAAAUGUAAAAUGUUUCUUAAGAAAACAUAUCACAGAUACAAUAUUGUUUUUCUAAGGUACAUUGCAUAGCAGCUAUUUCAAAACGAUAUCUUGACUGCAAUCUAAAAUCUCACUGCAUUCAAUGGUAUUGAUUUACAGAUUGUUUCAUUCGAACAUUGACAUUAAUAACGUUGAAAGUUGAAACGCACAUUUGCGCACACGGCUUACGCACAGUUAAAAUCACGAAGAAGAUAUAGAAAGAAUUCAACUUUCUCAAGUGAAAAGAUAGCUUUCAUAUUUGCGGUAAUAGCAGGUAUUUGGUUGCUUUAAACUGUUUGUGUUUCCAUGGUUUAGUGCAUAUUUUAUCAUGUUUUGCUUAAUACGGUCAAAUUGUUUACAACGAAGUAAAUUCACUUCAAAACAACAAUCUUUCUAGGAUUCUCAGUCGAGUACUCAUAUUAGUCAUAUAUGUGAAAUACGCUCUCUAUAUACGCGUAGAUAAUCGCAUUUGCAAACUGGAACCCUGACAAUAGGAGGCUAUUGUACCAUACCGGCACCUUUCUGAUCUCAUUUUCAUGGCCUGUUUUUUUAUUGAAGCGUUUCUCAAAGUUUUCGGUUUUUACUACUGAUAUACAAGUGUCUAUCACAACACAACCACAACGUUGGAAACGGUAUAAAUUUAAAACAUAUUGCUAAAUAUGGAACCACUUGUUUAUUUUAGACAAGUCAACGGAUAUUUGAAAUGUAUAUUGAUUGCCGGAUUCUACUUAGGGCCAAAUUAAUAGAGGAUUCUACUGGUAUGCAUGCACACAUGUGUUAAGAUCUUCAAUCUUGUGUCAAAACACAUUAUUGUUGAAUGUUUAUUAUGAUCACCACAUGACAUGAUCACUGUAUAUUAUACAAUAUAAAAAGAGAUUACUCUGUAAAAUACCAAUUAAGGUUUGUUUUCGUAUUGAUCGAGCUCAAAUUGUGAUAUUUUACUAUUUAAUCUGUUUUUGCGUGUUGAAGGGGCUGACAAAAAUUAUCACUUAAUAAUGACUGGAUUAAUUUCCUGUCUUUGUGUAUCUUUUACAGUUCAUAUAGUCCUAUAAUUGAGUUUGACUAAUGGUCGCGGGUCGCGUGUCGCGGGUAAAAAGUCGCGUGUCGCGGGUAAAAAGUCGCGUGUCGCGGGUAGAAUGUCGCGGGUCGCGGGUAAAAUGUCGCGGGUAAAAAGUCGCGGGUCGCAAAAGCUCCAAACCGUGUAUUUUAUUGAGUAGUGGGUUGAAUAAAGUGUGUAAAAAUCACGUUAUCAUUUAGUAAACAACUAUAUAGGAUUGCUUCAAUACGAAAUAUUGCCCAAGAGCCUUUUGUCAUGAUUUAAUGAGUUUGAUUAAUGGUCGCGUGUCGCGGGUAAAAAGUCGCGUGUCGCGUGUAGAAUGUCGCGGGUAAAAUGUCGCGGGUAAAAAGUCGCGGGUCGUAAAAAAGCUCCAAACUGUGUAUUUUAUCGAGUCGCGGGUUGAAUAAAGUGUGUAAAAAUCACGUUAUCAUUUAGUAAACAACCAUAUAGGAUUGCUUCAAUACGAAAUAUUGCCCAAGAGCCUUUUGUCAUGAUUUAAUGGUUCUAUAUAAACGUGCCAGAAGCCUAAUGAAAUGAAAGAAUAAUUUCAAUAUGUUAAACCAACAAUUAUACCAUGACAAAAAUCCUCUAAUCAAAAAAUAUGUUCUGAAAGAAACAAACAAGACUUCGGUAGAAAUAAAUUCAGUUUACUACUACUAUUACAAUCAGUUUUAUGCUAAUGUAAAAAGAACCAUAUAGUAUCACAAAUAAUAGAUAUAUCCAUGCUAGGACAUUAUAAAAGUACAUUAUGAUUCAAAGUACUGAUCGAUGCGCAGAGGCUUGACGACAACGCGCACUGAGCCACUGAAUAGCGGAUUUUUGCGCCUGAUAUGGUAAGAAAUUGGAUUGUAAUAUGUAUUACUAAAAUCAAGACUAUAAACAUAGGAAUGUGUAACAGGAUCCUUUUGCACUACCGUCUAUCAACGUGCUUUACAAUAAUGUUAUAUGGUUCUUGUCUAGUUUAUCUAGAAACUCGCAAUUGCAGCCAUAAUUUCGAACAACUAUUGAUAAAAACCAUUAAAUAACUAAAUGUUAAUGUGAUUUUUACACACUUUAUUCAACCCGCGACUCAAUAAAAUACACGGUUUAGAGCUUUUUUACGACCCGCGACUUUUUACCCGCGACCCGCGACUUUUUACCCGCGACCCGCGACACGCGACCCGCGACCAUUAGUCAAACUCCCUAUAAUUCUACUGAACUGCGCAUUUGUUAACAAUUCAAAUGCGCUUUACACCCUUUGAGUGAUUCGUUCACGCCUCGAAUGAUGGAAUGCGGACAUCCAUACACUUAUGUCUCUAGUCAUGCAGUUUUCGUAGUAUAACGAAUGAAAAAGACGAUGUGUUUAAAUAAAAGUUAGGAAACGUUAGGAGCAGUUUAUUUCAUUAUUUGAGCUGGACUUAGCUGGACUAUAACCCAGCUAAGCAGGUUCCAAUUCACGUCUUACUCCUUUAAUUAACUUAAAUUUAUCUUUUAAUCUUAAACUAAAACUAGUUGAAUCCUACAUUGUAUCCAAGCUCAUGGAGAUGAAAGAUUUUCGUGACAAUAAUCAAGCCGCGGUUUGCCGGUUUAACCGGGCUCAGCAAUAAUCACAUUCUAGAACCUUCAGAACAUUGUAUAUUUUGGCUGAAUCGAAGAUUCUAGAGUGUGAUAAUUAUCCAAAUAAUACUGAUCAUUCUUGUUGUUGUUUUUCUUUGCAGAUACGAUGAAAAGCAUGUGUCAAUUCGUAAUUGUGGUCUUUGUAUUAUAUUUUUGUGAACAGAUUGAUUCCGCGUGAGUAUUUCCGUUCACAACUUUGAUUACGCAUAACACGCAGGAAGCUAACUUAGAAAAUAUUACAAUGAUAGAUGAAUGAAAAAUAUCACAUGCAGCAUUUAUACUCUCAUCUGCUUUAUACCAAGGUUAUAAUCGAGAUUUUUAGUUCGUAAUUACUCCAAUGACUGUGUUUCUCUUGCCUGACUGGCGAUUUUAAGAGGUUGGCCGUAAUUUUUCACUGUCUGCGCUUCAAACCCCUAUACUCCUUAAAAGCGCAUGUUAAUUAAUAUGCAGGCUAUAUGUGGUACCGCGCAUGCUGGGCAUAUUACAGGUCACCCGCACAACAAACUUAACAUCCUUAGGGGCGGACCAUUAGAAAAGUGAUGGGGCGGGGGUCAAAAACAUUCGCGCAAAGAAAAGCAAAAGAAAAACAAUUCGAGCAAAGAAAAAUACCUUUCGCAAAACACAUUCGUGUAAGCUGAAAAUUGCUUUCAUCACUUUUCUGAUGGUCGGCCCCUUGGCCUUGCGUGUUUAUAAUGGUAACAACAAUGCGACGUUAGUGUUUUGAUGGGGAAACUUGACAAAUUCAUUUGGUUUUUCCUCGAUUAUAUUUAUAGUUCGUAUAAACAUUAAAGCGGACCCCGUCUCAUUUUAAAUAUUAACAUUUUGGGCAUCUACACUCGAUUUAAACUAAUGGACGACUUGCGCUUUAGAAAAAUUUUUAAUCUGGGAAUAACAAAGGAUAUUUUCGGAAAGAAGUUAUCAAAAUUAGAAAAACUGCAAAGUUUGGUUGCGAAAUGUUGUAAAAUACGGAAAAUAUAGCCAUGCGAAGUUGGCAAAUUUGUAUUUCUAUUACGUGUGGAAAUUGGUAACUAAUUUAGUUACCAAUUCACGCACGUAAUACAAAAGUAUACAAAUUUGCCAACUUUGAAGGGCUAUAUUUUCCGUAUUUUACAACAUUUCGCAACCAAACUUUGUAAUAUUACUAAUUUCAAGACGCUCUUUCUAGCUGUAGUGAUAGAUUUCGUUGUUCUUACUUAGAUUAAAAUUUAGUUUAAAGCGCAAGUCGUCCAUUGUAGAAAGAUUUUUAAAUGUAUAAAAUUCACACUCGAAAUUUCCAUCUACAAAACCCGCUACAUUUUGAAUAUUAUCCCCCGAUGUAACCCCUCCAUCUUCACUAAAGUUUUCUUUGUAACAGAAAAAUUCCAAUUUUAAAUUAUGUGCAACCUACAUACCACCAUAGGCAUAGAUAAUUUUACUCUAAAAUUUCGUUGUACAGUAUCCUAUAUGUUAAGUUGCGUGUAUAAUCUGUGUCUAUGAUAUCAAUUGGAAUUUAGUUUCUGUUUUCUUCUCCUGUCACAGCAUUUUCUAGUUAUUGCUAUUGUUAUAUCUCUAUGUAAAUCUUUUAUGUGUGUGACAAAAUGAAUAAUAAUAGAUAAAUAAAUAAAUAAGAUGAAAGCCAAAGUCAUGUCAAAAUUUAAUAGUUUAGAAGGAGAUCUCGAUCAUACACUUUGUCACUUGAUCAACACAAAUUUUUGCUCUACUCCCAGUUCGUGGGAAACGUAUAUAGCUACGUAUGUGCUAGCAAUCAUUAUGAUACACAAUUCUUUGAAAUCAAUCUCUACUCCCUUCAGCUCCUGAUCCCAAAAGGGGCAGCUCUUUCCUCCAGUGUCCAUAUGUUGAUAUCAUGGUUCUGUUGAAUUUUAGGUCUGUUGAAAUGAAACGAAGCAUUGUGCAGGAUGGACAAAAUGCGGCAAUGUUUGUUGUCCAGCCCAACCUAUUUUGUGCCAUAUACAGAGACUUAAGUCCGAAACAACACCAUAUUUGUCGAAACAAUUUGCUUUUAAUGGGAAGUGUUAUUGAAGGUGCUAGAUUGGCAAGAAAAGAAUGUAUUAAACAAUUUCGUAAUGAACGAUGGAAUUGUUCGAACAUUUCAGGAAAAUCUACAGCGCUUGGCCUAAUGACAAAAUACGGUAAGUGUAAAGCAAGUCUGUUGUUUUCUCACUUCACCAUUUGAUACUUACGUCACAAACACUUCCUUGUCCUGGGAGCCUCGCUCUUAUGAGUCAAGAAGUAAGAGAUUUGUGACGUAAUUAUCAGAGCAGAGAUUUGUGACGUAAUUAUCAAAAGGAUGUAUAAUUGUAAUAAAAAUAUCAGCUAAUUUAAACCUCUAUUAACUACGUAUAACUAAAAUUACGUAUAAAUUACGGGGGGGGGGGGGCUAAUAGAAGCCCUAAUAUAUUUCCAUUCUUUCUUCAUGUUUCUCUACCGCUUCUCUUUUUAAAGAAUUAAAAUUCAUUCCUCAUUUUUUCUCUACAUAUGUCCAAUUUUAGGUAGAAUUUUCCCUUUUUAGAAGUUUUAUUCUGAUCGUUUUUGGGGGGUUGGGUGGAGGGCACUUCUACUUCUGGGGGUGUGCCAGAACGUCUGCACAACGAGCGUUGUCAACAGUCCUAAAUUAUUUAUUGCAAUUACUUAUUUAUUUCUUUUCUUGUAAUACUUAAUUAUUGCACAAUAAAGCAACUUCACAAGUUUUGUAAUGUUGACAAAAAUGCAGACUAUUCUAAGACUAUGAGUGCAUAAGACUAUUACAGUAAUCUCAUUAAACCAAUACAACUUUGUACCAAUAAUCUCUCAGUGUGUUCAUUAGUAUGCUCAUUACACAUAUUUUUAUUUGGUAAGCUAUAUCAGAUUUAAUAAUCCUUCUUGACAGAUAUGUAUUGAGUUGGAAGGGGGGAGGGGGGGGGGGGUUGUCAACACCAGGGGCUUACUCGCAGGUGAAUGGUAUAAAUCGCCUGAGAAUAUUUGUGAAAUAAAUGGUCGGAUUUAAGAAGUCUGCUUACAACUUGAGUUGUGUGCUUGAUUUAUACAGUAAGCUUGAUUUAUACUUGAUUUAAACACUACACAAAAAUUGUGUAGUGUAAAUUAGCCUUUAAUGGAAUUUAACAGGUGGAUACUAAGAAAACUAAAAUGGAUAAUCAUUAGAAAAAACUGCGGGAGCAGUGGCGCCGCCAGCUCGAUAAUUGGGGGGGGGACAAUAUUCAUAUAUUCGUGUUUACAGACCUUAAAAACAUUAAUAAUGCAGAACAGGAAGAUAUGAAUAUGUGCCCCCCCCCCCAAUUAUCGAGCUGGCGGCGCCACUGGCACUGUGCGGGAGAUAUACUGAUGCCCAUCAAGGGUGUAACCCAGGUCGCUUGUCACUCAUUUUGUAGCUGCUUUGUCGCUUGUGUUAUUCACUUAUUGUAAUAAAUGUCGCUGUCACUUUUGACCCACAACACAAAUCGCAAUAGUCUUCACUAGUUUGCUUGUUAUAGUUGUUACUAGUUUCAAGCCAUGUUUUUCAAUCACCGUUUGCAGAAAAAAUAUACAAGGAGGACGCUUUAUACUAUAUAUUAUAGGAUUGGUUCACUAUAAAGAGAACAAGAUUAGUCUUGCUACACAUGCAUUCUUCAUUCCAAUAAAAGAUUAGAUGUUAACUCAUGGUAAUAUUACUAAAUAUUUACACUUCCCAAUGUUUGCCAGAUUGACGAUACUUAUAAUGGAUGAAACUAUGAAGGAUUUUUAUUCAAUAUUGACAAUCGCAUACUCAUGAUACAUGCAUAGUUGAAGGGACAUACAUUCUUGCAAUAUGUACUUUCCUGCUCAGUAAAAAUUCGCCUCAGACUCUUCUUAGAAGUGUGUCCCAAGUUCACCAAAUUCUACUACUGCCCCACAACAGCGCAGGUUUUCUCCGGGCUACUACUGGGAUGAUUCUUACUGGAUUUCUAUGUGGAACAGCGAAAUAUUAUUAUGUUCAAGCUUAACUAUAUUGUCAUUUGCUUUACAGCAACUAAAGAAGCCGCUUUCAAUUACGCCUUGGUUACUGCUGGCAUUGUUCAAGUAAUGGCAAGAAAUUGUAUGAAAGGAGACUUGCCGAGUUGUCAUUGUAGUCGGGCAAAACGACCUGCACAAUCGUUGUCUUCGUUGAGUGCAAAGUAUAAGUGGGGAGGUUGUGGAGAUAACAUUCAAUAUGCUUCAGACUUUUCCAAGAAGUUUCUGGAUGAUCCCAAAGUCCUGGAGAAAUUGAAUGGCAGCACUAACGCAAAACGUGCUGAGAAACUUCUUAUGGAUCAUCAUAAUAAAGAAGCAGGAAGACAGGUACGAAAGACAAAAAAUAUAAUUUUCUUUACGUACAGGAUCGUCAUUCUCCGUGAAAAACAGUCUGUUCAGAUCAACUAGCAGCGCGGAUAUCUCACACUGCCUAACGCUAUGAUAUCAAUAGACAAUAACACAACAGUUUAUCUGUGAUAUCAGUAAGGCUGCUUACAUGUUACUCAACCGUUUUGCUCAAUUCAGACACAGGCUUUAUGUUUUUAUUACCCAUUCAUGCAUGUGAUCCUGAUUGGCCGGUUUUGAUUUAACUGGUUACUUUUCAUUUAAUAUUUACUUAAUAUUUAUCUCUUUGAGUUCUUUGACUUAUAGGCAAUAAAAAAAUCUUUUUAGUUCGAAAUUGCGUUGCGAUGUUAUAAGGAAUGCAAUAAAUACAGCUCCCUGUAACAUAUCACAUGCAUAUGUCUUAUUUCUUUCAUGGUUUAGAUAUGUUGCGAAAUAAUUAUAACAUGUUUCCUAAUUAUUUUUAACUCUACUCUAGGCCGUAUUUAAGAACAAAAAAGUUAUUUGUAAAUGUCAUGGAGCUACAAGUCACUGUAGUGUUAAAACAUGUUGGUAUCAAGUGCAGGAAUUUAACGUCAUUGGUGAUUAUCUGAAAGCAAAAUAUCGUUCAGCUGUUAAAGCAACUCUUCUAAAAAGAAAAGAUGGAAAGGUCACAUUAAAAGUAAAAAAUAACAAUUUAUCCAAUAACAAACUUGUUUACACUGACGUUUCACCAAGUUAUUGUCUCAAAACUGUCGGUCGAUCAUGUAGUAAUACUAUAACUGGGCCUGGAAGCUGUCAAUACCUUUGUUGUGGACGGGGCCACAAUACUGAAAAUCGAGUGGUCUCGAAAAAUUGCCGCUGCAAAUUUCAAUGGUGUUGUGAUGUGAAGUGUGACAUAUGCCAAGAAAACGUCCAAGUGCACACAUGUCGUUAAUAAUUCAAUGUUUCAAACGAUGAUCUUGUAUAAAAAUUCAGGAGCUGACAGACUGAGGACACGAUCACGCAAGUAUAAAGAAAGAAUGAAUGCUUUCUGUAGUCAAAACUUCACAUAUAAGAGCAAGAACACUCAGAACAGUUCUACUACAUAAACAAAGUUAACAAACUGAAAAGACAAGUCAACAAAAUACUAGACAGUAAUGCUAGGCUAGGACUGCAUGGUUUUAUAAAACUCAAUACACCAAUUUUAUUAAUGAAUGCUGCUAAUUUAAAAUUAUUUCCGUAUAGUGGCCCAUUUGAUCUUGUUCGCUUUCAUGGUAACCAGGCCAAUCUAUAGGUAAUAAAUAUGCAUAAAAUUUUCAAAUUGGAAGCAUUUAUGAAAUUGGUCUAUACUCUAUAUACUAAACCAUACUUUUUUAUGCAAUGUAAAUAUAAUGACUAAUGAGUAAUGUAUAUAAAAAUGUAUACGAUGCAUAGGAUUUACUGUAGGCUGGCCUUCAGAAUUCCCUCUUGAGCAAAUACCAUAAUGUUUUGCAUCUUAAAGGACGUGUGUGCUGGUGUGAUGCAUCUCACGUUGGUAAUUGCAAGGAGCGUGAACACGUACACGAUCUAUACGAAUACUCUGACGAAGUGAGACGUCAUCGAAACUCGAUA